CGUGGCGUUUAUAUAUAUUUCGCGAAUUUAGGGAAAUCAUCUUAUAGUGAUAUCCAACCUAAAUCAUCUCGACCUAAUAUUCGGGCUGCGAGUGAGAAAUAUACGAAUCAGCCGAUUCCAUUAUACUUGUAUAUAUGCUUUCAGGAGUUGAUGCAUGGGCGCUGAUUCGAGUAAACUUUAGCAAGAUGUCAAGCAAUAUUUGCAUAAAAUGCGUAUUGAUUGGACUAAUUCUCGCCGUAUUGCAGUGCGAAGGUUCAAGGGUAACGGUGAGGCUACAAGGUCCAUUGAGUGAAAACGGUACUGGUCGUGUCGAAAUAUAUCGCAAUGGAACCUGGGGGACAAUCUGCGAUGAUGGAUGGAAUAUCAGAGAUGCUAGAGUUGUAUGUCGUCAACUUGGCUAUCCCCUUGCUGUCAGAGCGCUUAAAGGUGACCAGGUUCCUUCAGGUUCUGGACCGAUAUGGUUAGAUGACGUCGUUUGUAGUGGGAAAGAACAGAACAUAGGAAGUUGCAUGCAUGAUGGAUGGGGGAAUAGCGAUUGCGAACACAACGAAGACGCCGGAGUAGAAUGCAGUUCUGCAGUUGUUGCCGGUAAACCUGGAUCAAUAAGAUUACAAGGGCCAUCGAGUGCAAACGGAAAAGGGCGCGUUGAAGUGCUCCACGGUGGACAAUGGGGGACGAUCUGUGACGACGAGUGGGAUAUCAAUGACGCCAGAGUUGCAUGUCGUCAACUUGGUUAUUCUGAUGCAGUCAGACCACUUCAAGGGGGGCAGAUUCCUGCUGGUUCUGGACCCAUUUGGUUAGACGACGUCAUAUGUACGGGUGAAGAACAAGUUAUAACAAGUUGUUCUCACCGUGGAUGGGGUAACCAGGAUUGCAAACAUUCGGAGGACGCAGGAGUAGUUUGUAAUACGACAGUUCUUCCCAAGCCUGGUUCACUCAGGUUACAAGGUCCUUUGAGUGCGAAUGGUACUGGUCGAGUUGAAGUAUUCUACGAGGGAGAGUGGGGGACAAUCUGUGAUGAUGAAUGGGGUUUUGAGGAUGCCAAAGUUGCAUGUAGACAACUUGGCUAUUUAGAUGCCCGUGAAGCUCUUCAUGGUGACCGAGUUCCAUCUGGUUCUGGACAUAUUUUGUUGGAUGGAGUCUCGUGUACUGGAAUAGAAAGAAAUUUAACAAGUUGUUCUCAUCAAGGAUGGGGAAUUCACGAUUGCAGCCAUUCUGAAGACGCUGGUGUUCAGUGCUUUACAGCAGCUCUUUCAGAUAAACAUGGGACAUUGAGAUUACAAGGGCCAUUGAGUACAGUUGGACAGGGUCGCCUCGAAGUGUUCUACCUUGGAGAAUGGGGAACAAUCUGCGAUGAUGAAUGGGAUAUAAAUGAUGCCAGGGUUGCUUGUCGUCAGCUUGGUUAUUCCGAUGCUGUUAGAUCGCUUUCUGGAUAUCAGGUUCCUUCCGGUACUGGACCUAUAUGGUUAAACGACGUUGGUUGUAUUGGAAAAGAACUAAAUAUAUCAAGCUGCUCUCACGCAGGAUGGGGCAUUGGAUAUUGCGGGCAUUCGGAAGAUGCUGGGGUAGAAUGUAAAACAACAGAUUUUGAAGUUACUGGUAAUCAAUCGCAAACACUGAGGUUACGAGGGCCAUCAAGUGCAAAUGGAACAGGUCGUGUUGAAAUUUUCCACAAAGGACUAUGGGGGACAAUUUGUGAAUAUGGUUGGGGUAUACAUGAUGCUAGGGUUGCAUGUCGUCAACUUGGAUACCCGGAUGCAUUUAGGCCUCUUACUGGAGGCGACGUACCUUCUGGAUCUUCUGGAGUUAUUUGGUUAAGUUACGUUCGUUGUUCUGGCCGGGAACAAAAUCUGACAAGUUGUUCUCACAAUGGUUGGGGAAAUACUGACUGCUCGAAUUCUCAAGACGCUGGAGUAGAAUGUAGUACAUCGGCUCUUGCAGAUACGCCGGUUAUACUGAGGUUACAGGGACCAUCGAGUGCAAAUGGAACAGGUCGUGUUGAAGUACUGUACAAUGGAGAAUGGGGAACAAUUUGUGAUUAUGGUUGGAGUUUAAGAGAUGCCAGGGUGGUAUGCCGACAACUUGGCUAUCCAGGCGCCUUUAAUGCUCUUCAAGGCGGGGAGGUUCCAUCAGGUUCUGGACGAAUAUGGUUAUCUUAUGUCAAUUGUAAUGGAGACGAACAAAAUAUAACAAGUUGUUUUCGUAAUGGAUGGGGAAAUCAACAAUGUGAACAUGACAAAGACGCUGGAGUUAAAUGCGCAACAGCAGACCCGCAUCUACCACUUAGGUUACAAGGGCCAUUGAGUGCCAACGGCACCGGUCGCGUCGAAGUAUUUCACAAUGGAGAGUGGGGGACGAUCUGCGAUGAUAUUUGGGAUUUAGAACAUGCUAUAGUUGUGUGUCGUCAACUAGGGUAUCCAGAUGCCAUUGCGAAACUUGAUGGGGGGCAGGUUCCAUCUGGUUCUGGGCGUAUUUGGUUAGAUAACGUCGCUUGCACUGGGAAAGAGGAGAAUAUAGCAAUGUGUGAUCAUAAUGGUUUGGGAGUAAACGAUUGCUCACAUUCUGAGGACGCUGGAGUAAAAUGUGGAGGAACAGGUCUUUCAGAUAAACAUGGGACAUUGAGAUUACAAGGGCCAUUGAGUACAACUGGAAGAGGACGUGUUGAGGUAUUCUACCGUGGAGAAUGGGGAACAAUCUGCGAUGAUGAAUGGGAUAUAAAUGACGCCAGGGUUGUAUGUCGUCAACUUGGUUAUUCAGAUGCUCUUAGAUCACUUUCUGGAGAUCAGGUUCCUUCCGGUACUGGACCUAUAUGGUUAGAUAACGUUGGUUGUAUUGGAAAAGAACUAAAUAUAUCAAGCUGCUCUCACGCAGGAUGGGGCACUGAAGAUUGCAGCCAUUCGGAAGACGCUGGGGUAGAUUGCAAAAUAACAGAUAAACAUGGGACAUUGAGAUUACAAGGGCCAUUGAGUACAAUUGGACAGGGUCGUCUCGAAGUGUUCUACCGCGGAGAAUGGGGAACAAUCUGCGAUGAUGAAUGGGAUAUAAAUGAUGCCAGGGUUGCUUGUCGUCAACUUGGUUAUUCAGAUGCUCUUAGAUCACUUUCUGGAGAUCAGGUUCCUUCCGGUACUGGACCUAUAUGGUUAGAUAACGUUGGUUGUAUUGGAAAAGAACUAAAUAUAUCAAGCUGCUCUCACGCAGGAUGGGGCACUGAAGAUUGCAGCCAUUCGGAAGACGCUGGGGUAGAUUGCAAAAUAACAGAUUUUGAAGUUACUGGUAAUCAAUCGCAAACACUGAGGUUACGAGGGCCAUCGAGUGCAAAUGGAACAGGUCGUGUUGAAAUAUUCCACAAAGGACUAUGGGGGACAAUUUGUGAACAUGCUUGGGGUAUAAAUGAUGCCAGGGUUGCAUGUCGUCAACUUGGGUACCCGGAUGCAGUUAGGCCUCUUACUGGAGGCGACGUACCUUCUGGAUCUUCUGGAGUUAUUUGGUUAAGUUACGUCAGUUGUUCUGGCCGGGAACAAAAUCUAACAAGUUGUUCUCAUAUUGGUUGGGGAAAUAAUGCCUGCUCGCAUUCUCAAGACGCUGGAGUAGAAUGUAGUACAACAGUUCUUGCAGAUACGCCGGUUACACUCAGGUUACAAGGGCCAUCGAGUGCAAAUGGAACAGGUCGUGUUGAAGUACUGUACAAUGGAGAAUGGGGAACAAUUUGUGAUAAUGGUUGGAGUUUAAGAGAUGCCAGGGUGGUAUGCCGACAACUUGGCUAUUCAGGCGCCUUUAAUGCUCUUCAAGGAGGCGAGGUUCCAUCAGGUUCUGGACGAAUAUGGUUAUCUUAUGUCGAUUGUACUGGAGAAGAACAAAAUAUAACAAGUUGUUCUCAUAAUGGAUGGGGAAAUCAACAAUGUGAACACGACAAAGACGCUGGAGUUAAAUGCGCAACAGCAGACCCGAAUUUACCACUAAGAUUACAAGGGCCAUUGAGUGCCAGCGGCACCGGUCGUGUCGAAGUAUUUCACAAUGGAGAGUGGGGGACGAUCUGCGAUGAUAAUUGGGAUUUAGUGCACGCUAGGGUUGUGUGUCGUCAACUAGGGUAUCCAGAUGCCAUUGCAAAAUUUGAUGGGGGGCAGGUUCCAUCUGGUUCGGGGCGUAUUUGGUUAGAUAACGUCGCUUGCACUGGGAAAGAGGAGAAUAUAGCAAUGUGUCAUCAUAAUGGUUUGGGAGUAAACGAUUGCUCACAUUCUGAGGACGCUGGAGUAAAAUGUAGUAGAAGAGGUCUUUCAGAUAAACAUGGGACAUUGAGGUUACAAGGGCCAUUGAGUACAAUUGGAAAGGGUCGUCUCGAAGUGUUUUACCGUGAAGAAUGGGGGACAAUCUGCGAUGAUGAAUGGGAUAUAAAUGAUGCCAGGGUUGUUUGUCGUCAACUUGGUUAUUCAGAUGCUGUCAGAUCGCUUUCUGGAGAUGAGGUUCUUUCCGGUACUGGACCUAUAUGGUUAGACGACGUUGGUUGUAUUGGAAAAGAACUAAAUAUAUCAAGCUGCUCUCACGCAGGAUGGGGCAUUGAAGAUUGCAGCCAUUCGGAAGACGCUGGGGUAGAGUGUAAAACAACAGAUUUUGAAGUUACUGGUAAUCAAUCGCAAACACUGAGGUUACGAGGGCCAUCAAGUGCAAAUGGAACAGGCCGUGUUGAAAUAUUCCAUAGGGGACUAUGGGGGACAAUUUGUGAACUUGGUUGGGAUAUAAAUGAUGCCAGGGUUGCAUGUCGUCAACUUGGCUACCCGGAUGCAUUUAGGCCUCUUACUGGAGGCGACGUACCUUCGGGAUCUUCUGGAGUUAUUUGGUUAAGUUACGUCAGUUGUUCUGGCCGGGAACAAAAUCUAACAAGUUGUUCUCAUAAUGGUUGGGGAAAUAAUGCCUGCUCGCAUUCUCAAGACGCUGGAGUGGAAUGCAGUACAACAGUUCUUGCAGAUAAGCCUGUGACAUUGAGGUUACAGGGGCCAUCGAGUGCAAAUGGAACAGGUCGUGUUGAAGUACUGUACAAUGGAGAAUGGGGAACAAUUUGUGAUAGUGGUUGGGAUUUCAGAGAUGCCAGGGUGGUAUGCCGCCAACUUGGCUAUUUAGACGCCUUAAAUGCACUUCGAGGCGAUGCUCCAUUUGGUACUGGGCGAAUAUGGUUAUCUGAUGUCGCUUGUUCUGGAGAAGAACCAAAUAUAACAAAUUGCUCUCAUAAUGGAUGGGGAAAUCAGCAGUGUGAACAUUACAAUGACGCUGGAGUUAAGUGUACAACCGAAGGUAAAGUGCCGACGUUGUGUAUUUGGGACCUUUUGGUUGUGAAACUAUGA